UUCCUGGGUGUCUUAUCAACAUUAGGCGGAGUGAAAACAAACGGUCCCCACCAAAUCUGGGUCGACCACAGAAACUGAUUAGGGUGAUCAAUCAAGGCAUAUAUGAACGGGCGACGGCAGCCAGGACGUAUCUGAAAACCUGCAAUUUCAAGGACCGGGAACAAUCUACCCUGUACAAAUGCAUGUUGCGAUAAGAAAAAAAAUUCAACAUUAAUCAUAUGAGAUAACAGUUGCCUGGAGUUCGGACGUUGAUAUCAUGAGCGCGGGCAAAGAGAGGCGGCGCACUUCAAAAGUGGGUGAUUCGAGCCUAGAAAUGACGGCAGUGACCAAAAAUAGCGAAAAACAUGAAGAAAAUGGAAAAUCCAGCAAGGUCUCCGUGAAGGAGGCGAAUUCCCCGCAGAGACAUCACAACAUUGUAGACGCCGUAGAGGAAGUGAUGGAGGACAUCCACUGCUGCGUCAAGGUCCGGGACAAGACCAGCUUCAAAGUGUUUGUAUUCUUGGUGGUUCUGACGCUUGACGCCGCCGAUCUGUUCUCUGAUUGGCUGCUGUUCAGGGAUGUGUUUGUGACACAGGAGGGGCUCGUGUAUGGACCCCCGGACGAUGCGCUGACCUAUGCAUUGCUUGCCUUUUCCAUCCUCGGUACUUUUACUUUCAUAUUUGAGGUGGUCAAUCUUUGGUGGGAGAUUUUCCGGGACAACCCCUGGGUAGACUCUGACUUCGCCUCCUGCAUCACCAUCUGGAUAGAAGACGUGCCCCAGAUCGUGAUAAACGUUCUGAUUGUGUUGUGUAGGGAGGAGGCCAUCAGCUACUUCCAGCUCGUCAAGGCGUCCGUACUGAUCGUGGGGGUAGUGAUCAGAAUCAUCGUGUCCAUGGUCAAGUACUGCUCAAAGAAGUACCUGGAGGAGGCCAAGAAAAAGACACCCAAAUCCAGGCGUCACGUGGCCUAUCGAGUCUUCAUCAUGUUUGGGCUGAUGUGCAUUUUGGCGGGGUCGGUUGCUGUGUUCAUGUUAACGCAGUUUGAGAGACAUCCAGAUGGAAAUAUUCAAUUCAAUACACCCAAAACCGCGUUCGAAGGGAAAUUCCACGAGGAGAAAUAUUUCGAUAACGUCAGUAUUUACCUCAAUCACCCGGUAUUCGAUCUGAACACGGGGAACUCUGAGGUGGAUUUCAUUCGUCUGAUCAGCAUCUACGAUAUCCGAAACAAAGCUGACAAGACUUUCAAGCUGUCUUAUGACGAGCCCGCUAAAACAAAGUUCGUCGUGUGGGAGCCCGACAGUUCCGGUGUUCUACAGGAAGUGGAAUGUUUUACCAUCAACCGGGGCACUAAGACUGUCUCGACCCAAACCUGCAAUCCUUCCUUCAGUAGCGGAACAAUGUCAGAGUUUACUUUUAAGUUCCGUUUUAUUAAACCGAGCGUUCCUAAACUUAUUUUUGGUGACAUUACGUACAAUCUGAAGGUCAAAGAGAGUGGAACCUGUAAAGACCCGGCCACGGAUAUUGUCACAAAACCCAACCAACGGCGCGGGAGCGGCGCCAGCCGAUCGCCCGUCAUCCACUACUACCGCGCGCACAUCAGCACCCCAUCUCAUCUACUUCCGUCCAAGUUCUAUCAGUUUCCGGCUGAUCUUACCGACAUUGCUCAGGUCUGGAAAACCGGAUUUGCUUCCUGUGAAAGUUCCGGAAGUUUAGCUCCCCACAGAGACACAUCAUUGGAAACAACUUGCCUAUAGAACAAGAAUUAUUUGUUGUUUACGCUUUGUUCAGUCAUGAGAGAAGAACAAAAUAUGUUACAUUUUACAGGGUAAAUUUGAUAAAAAGAUUUUUUCAUGAUAUAAACACAACAAAUACAAGAUUUGCAAAAACAAAAUGAAUGAAUAUUUUUAAAAUAAACAAAUAAAUAAUAAUUAAAUUUUGAAAAAAAAUAAGUUAAGUUAUAACAUUUCUCUUUGAAAACAUAUUAAGCUAAUUUUUUAAAGAACCAAUUUAUUUGUUUCGGUACAUUUGCAUGCUUCAUAAAGGAAAAAUGAAUGCCAAUCACAAAGUCUUGCACAGCACCUUUGUUAGUCAAAUUAUUUGUUUGACCCAUUUAUGUUUAUUUGUAAAUCGUACAUUUUUUUUUAUCAUGGUUGUUUUUAUGUGUAUCAUUUGUAUAUAAAACAUUUAUUGUG